AUGAAACUGGGUACAGUAGCCAAAAUAAACAACCAUGGAUCCAACAAUAAACUACCCCGGGCCCAGCAGCCGAAUAUAACCUGCCCCAAGCACGCCGAGCAGCCGAAUAUAACCUGCCCCAAGCACGCCGAGCAGCCGAAUAUAACCUGCCACAAGCACGCCGAGCAGCCGAAUAUAACCUGCCCCAAGCACGCCGAGCAGCCGAAUAUAACCUGCCACAAGCACGCCGAGCAGCCGAAUAUAACCUGCCACAAGCACGCCGAGCAGCCGAAUAUAACCUGCCACAAGCACGCCGAGCAGCCGAAUAUAACCUGCCACAAGCACGCCGAGCAGCCGAAUAUAACCUGCCACAAGCACGCCGAGCAGCCGAAUAUAACCUGCCACAAGCACGCCGAGCAGCCGAAUAUAACCUGCCACAAGCACGCCGAGCAGCCGAAUAUAACCUGCCACAAGCACGCCGAGCAGCCGAAUAUAACCUGCCCCAAGCACGCCGAGCAGCCGAAUAUAACCUGCCACAAGCACGCCGAGCAGCCGAAUUUAACUAUUGUGGCCCCAGCAGCGUCAUAUCUACCUUGGGCCGAGCAGUCAAACAUUAAUAACUAUGGACCUAGCUGCUCAAAAAUUAUACCCUGGGCACAGUAG